UGAAUUUGAGAAAAGGAGUCGGACACGGCCGCACAUUGAAAUCCGACACAGAGACAUCUCUUGCUUCUACCCAGUUGUAUUCUUGGUUCAGUGAUUUCUAAGAGAGACAGAGCGAGAGAUCGAUUAUUGCAUUGGGUCGGGGCCUCCUUGGAAUCAGCUGUCGGCUGUUUUCUUUCUUAACUUGAAUUUGGAAAAAUAAAAAAUAAUUUGUGUUCUGGAUGAUAGGAGAGUUAGGGUUUUAUCUGAGAGGGAUGGAAACCGAAAGAUUGGGGUUGUAAUUGAGGAGCAGCCGAGCAAAGAGUUAUUUGCUAUUUCGCUUUCGAAUUAGCUAAUUAUGCUGUAAAUUUUCUAGUUUUGGGGUCUUACCUUCGUGAGAAGCGUUUUCCGAGAGAGAGAAAAUGGAAGGCGGCUGGAGGAUAUCGGUGAGUCCUCGGCCUUGCAGAGGAAGGCGGGUACUGGCAAAGAAGCGAGCACGCGGUGGUGGCGUGGAUGGGUUGGUCAACAGCGUUAAGAAACUUCAGAGACGGGAAAUCAGUUCGAGGCGUGAGCGUGCUUUCGGUAUGAGCGACGCCCAGGAACGCUUCCGUAACAUACGUUUGCAGGAGGAAUAUGAUACCCAUGAUCCAAAAGGAUAUUGUUCCAUGGUACUGCCUUUCCUGAGAAAAAGGUCAAAGAUAAUUGAGAUUGUUGCAGCUCAUGACACUGUGUUUGCUCUUGCUCAAUCUGGUGUUUGUGCAGCAUUUAGCCGAGAGACUAAUAGGAGGAUAUGCUUUCUGAAUGUCAGUCCUGAUGAAGUUAUACGAAGCUUGUUUUAUAAUAAAAACAAUGACUCACUUAUCACAGUUUCUGUGUAUGCUUCAGACAAUUUCAGUUCUUUGAAAUGCAGAAGCACAAGGAUCGAAUACAUAAGGAGGGGCAAACCUGAUUCUGGCUUUGCACUUUUUGAGUCUGAAUCACUGAAAUGGCCUGGUUUCGUAGAGUUUGAUGAUGUCAAUGGGAAGGUACUCACUUAUUCUGCACAGGAUAGUAUUUACAAAGUGUUUGACCUGAAAAACUAUACAAUGUUGUACUCCAUAUCGGAUAAACAUGUUCAAGAAAUAAAGAUCAGUCCAGGGAUCAUGUUGUUGAUUUUUACCAAAGGAAGUAGCCAUGUUCCCCUUAAGAUUCUUUCAAUUGAGGAUGGAACUGUUCUAAAGUCUUUUAACCAUCUCCUUCACCGGAAUAAGAAGGUGGAUUUCAUUGAACAGUUUAAUGAAAAGCUACUUGUCAAGCAAGAGAAUGAGAAUCUUCAGAUUCUCGAUGUUCGCAAUUUUGAGAUGACAGAAGUUAGCAGAACUGAAUUUAUGACGCCAUCAGCAUUUAUAUUUCUGUAUGAGAACCAGUUAUUCCUAACAUUUAGAAACCGAACUGUGGCUGUCUGGAACUUCCGUGGGGAGCUUGUGACCUCAUUUGAGGAUCACCUUCUGUGGCAUCCUGACUGCAACACUAAUAACAUAUAUAUCACGAGUGAUCAGGAUCUUAUUAUCUCUUACUGCAAGGCUGAUUCUGAUGAUCCAUUGUCUGAAGGAACUGCAGGAUCAAUCAAUAUCAGUAAUAUUCUAACCGGCAAAUGCCUUGCAAAAAUUAGAACAAGCAAAAGCUUCCCCAUGGAAAAGGAAUGUGGUUGCCACGAUCAUUUUUGUGGUAGCAGCUGUGCUUGGAAGAAGCAGACUCAUGCCUCCAGAAUCAGGAGCACGGUUGCAGAAGCCUUGGAAGAUAUUACUGCUCUCUUUUACGAUGAAGAGCGGAAUGAAAUCUAUACCGGCAAUAGGCAUGGUUUAGUUCACGUAUGGUCUAACUGAUAGUUUCUUUGUUGCUAAUUUUCUUUAAUUUAAGGUCGUUUGGAUGGUUAAAUUGAAUGUUCUGCCGCACAGAACUGGAACUCUACCAUUUAAUGAUGUCAUAGCAAUUCAUUUUUU